AAUGGAGGCACCCAGGGAAAAAGAACAUUUGCUUUCGUUGAAAGUCAUGAGGUUGACCAAAUCUUCAUUCAUCACUACAAAUCCAGUAUUAUUUGAAGCCAGGGAUUUAGCAGGUGGUCCAUCAGGAAGCAUGGUCAGGGAUAUCUCUCCCCAUCUGGGCCUGCCCGCUGGCUUGGAGCAUUUUGGCGUCGGGGAACUACUCAUGCUUCCCCAGAACUUUGGGAGCAUCUACCUAGGAGAGACCUUUUCUAGCUACGUCAGUGUCCAUAAUGACAGCAGUCACGUCGUCAAAGAAAUCCAACUCAAGACAGACCUGCAGACCAGCUCGCAGCGACUGACUCUGUCCGGUUCGGGGACGACGCCCCACUCCGAGCUCUCACCAGCACAGUGCAUCGAUGAGGUCAUACACCAUGAAGUCAAAGAACUCGGCACACACAUUUUGGUCUGCGCCGUUAGUUACACCACACCAUCCGGGGAAAACAUGUACUUCAGAAAGUUCUUUAAAUUCCAGGUUUUGAAACCCCUAGAUGUCAAGACAAAGUUCUACAAUGCAGAGGACUAUGUAUCCGACGAGGUGUACCUGGAAGCUCAAAUACAGAACAUCACUCAGUCACCAAUGGUCAUGGAAAGAGUGUUACUGGAACCCACUGCCGAGUACACAGUCAAGGAACUGAACGUGAUAGAACCAGACAACAAAAGCAGCUCAGAAACAACGUUUGGCAGUUUCAGCUACCUGAACCCCCUAGACACCAGGCAGUACCUGUACUGUCUGAAGGCCAAGCCCUUGCCGGGCUCCGACAAGCCUGCCGUCAUCAAGGGGGUGUCCAACAUCGGCAAGCUGGACAUAGUCUGGAAGACCAGCAUGGGAGAGAGAGGCCGGCUACAGACCAGUCAGUUACAGAGAAUGGCCCCUGGGUAUGGUGAUGUCAAACUGAACGUGACCGGGGUACCAGACUCCAUCACCAUAGAGAAACCAUUCCAGAUCCAGUGCAGAAUCACAAGCUGCUGUGAGCGCACAAUGGACCUGAAGCUAGUCCUGAACAACACCGAGAACGGACUGAUGUGGCUGGGCGUGUCCGGCCGGCAGCUGGGCAAACUGGGCCCAGGGGGAAGCAUGGAUAUUGAGCUGACUCUGCUGGCAACAAUCCCUGGAUUACAGAGUGUGUCAGGUUUGCGACUAACAGACACUUACCUCAAGAGAACGUAUGAGCAUGAUGACGUGGCCCAGAUAUUCGUCUACUCUGAGCAGCUUGUCGGUGCAUGAAUAAACUCCCCUACAGCUCUUUGCCAAAGCCAAAUUCUGCAUUUCCUGCUGAAAAAUAAAUUAUUUAUACACCCCACUUCACAAUGCGUUGCUGGCAAAUUGAAGAAAUAUCCUUCCAGCAUUUGCUGGCGAAAGAGUGCAUGAGGCUUUCCCUUGUACGCUUGUAAGGUUAGGUGUAUCAACACUAUAGCUCUGGAGUGUUGCUUACAAUUGUGUUUGCUCCAAUUGAACCAUGCUUGUCCUUACAGUUAUUGAAGAUGAGAUUGGCAAUGUAAAAAAAGUCUGAAAAUUGGCGUAAAAGUGUAAAAGAUGCAUUUCUUUUAUGCUGAUAAUUUCUUUGUGUCAGAUUCAAAAAGUCUAAUUUCAGAUAUGUCUGAAAAAUCUCAUGCGUAUUUAUACACAUGUAUCUAUUCAUAAUAAAUAAUAAAAAACAUUUUGCGGGAGACUAAUUGUCCUUACUUUCAGCAGAAACUAAAUUGCGAAGGACGCAGCUACAUUGUGGCCAAGCCGAAUGCAUGUAAAGGCGCCUUAGGCUGCCGCA